AUGGAUGAAAUGUACCUGCUUAAUGUGGAAGGAGUCAAGAAAAAGAUUUUACAUGGAGGCCGUGGGGAGCUGCCGCAAUUCAAAGAUGGGAGCAAGCUCACAUUCCACUUUCAGACGCUAAAAGACGACUUUGAGCGCACGGUGAUAGACGACAGCCGACAGGCUGGCAUCCCCAUGGAGAUCAUCGUGGGGAAACUAUUCAAAAUCGAGGUGUGGGAGACCUUGCUAACCUCCAUGAGGAUCGGAGAAGUGGCAGAGUUCUGGUGUGACGCUGUUCACACGGGCAUGUACGCGCUGGUCUCCAAGGGCAUGAGGAGGAUUGCGGAGGGCAAGGACCCCUUGGAGGGGCAGAAGCACCGCUGCGGGAUGGGGAACAUGUUCGACUACCACAGCACGGGUUAUGCGGACCUUGAUGAGCUCCAGAGGGCCCCCCAGCCUCUCAUCUUCAUCAUGGAGCUUUUCAAAAUGGAUGGCCCCUCAUCCUAUAAACGGGACACCUGGGCCAUGACCAAAGAGGAGAAACUGUCGGCAGUGCCUGUAUUGCACAGCGAAGGCAACCGGCUGGUCCUGCUCAAGAGGUACCAGGAAGCAGCGGCGAAGUAUCAGGAAGCAGUCAUCUGCCUGCGGAACGUCCAGGCCAAGGAGAAGCCCUGGGCUGAAGACUGGCUGAGCCUGGAGAAACUCAUCAUGCCCCUUGUGCUGAAUUACUGCCAGUGCCAGCUAGAGCUGGGGGAAUACUAUGAGGUCUUAGAGCACACCACCGACCUCCUCCAGAAGGACAAUGAGAACGUGAAGGCUUACUUCAAGCGUGCAAAGGCCCAUGCCGCCGUCUGGAACGAGAAAGAGGCACGAGAAGACUUCCUGAGGGUGGCUCAACUGGACCCAUCACUGGGAGCGGCUGUGAAGAAAGAGCUGAGGCUGUUGGGGGAGAGGAUGAGAGAGAAACAUGUGGAAGAGCGGCAGAGAUACCAGGGCCUCUUCCAGCAGCCUCAGCUCAAGCGGGCAACAAAAGGGAAGGGGCAGUGGGGAGGAGAUGGGAAUGCUGGAGCUGGAACGGAGGAGGGAGGAGGUUCUGGAGAAGGUAGGGAGAAGACAGGACUGGGAACAGAGAGCUCCACAGCCAAGGAGGAAGAACAAGACCAAGGGAUUUCUGGAGCAGAGCGGGGUACAAGAGAGGCAGGACUUGAAGAGGAGAACACACACACAAAGAGGGAACAAGGCCUGGGGGAGUCUGGGACAGAGAGAGGAUCUGGGGAAGAGAGUGCCAGAGCAGAGAGGGAAGAGCCAGGGGACGGAACAGACCAAGGGAAUAGUGAGGUCAAUGGGAAUUGUGGGGUCGAUGGUGCAGGGGGAGGCCAAGGAAACUCAGAGACAGGUCUUGGAGAAAGAUUUUCCAGAGCGAGGGAAAAAGCAAGCCAAGGUGAUUGUGCAGCAGAGUCUCAUAGCAUUCAUGGCCAGAAGGGACCACUGAGAGGCCUUGGAGAAGAGAAUGCCAGGGAGAGUCGUGGGGCAGGAGCCAGGGAGAGGAGCUCAGAGGCAGAUAAAGAAUGGGGAGGGAGAGCAGAAGGUUGCUCCAGCACUACAGCAGCAGAGCAGAACUUGGGGGAAGGGGUUGGGCCUGGGGCAGAGAACAGUAGGAUCUUUCGAGAUGAAUGUUGAGAAAUACAAGAUGCUUCCUUGCUAACACACUGAGGGACAAUGCUGCCGCUCGCGAGGGCUGCCUAGGCAGGCAAAGAGAGGUAGGCACAGGGUCCCAGCCCCUAUCAGUGUAGUGCAGGACAGCAGAGAGCCCAGGGAGGGAAAUUCAAUACAGGGGGCCCAGGGCCAGGCUCAGAGAGUGGGGGACUAGCAGGUCCAGCUGGGCUGCUCUGUGAGUAGUUAGACUCUGGCCUGAACGAACAGCCCUGGCUCAGUGAAAGGUGACUGGGUAUUGGCUGGAGCUCUGUGCCAUCUGUAUGGUGCAGGCUUCCUCCCAAACCCUUUCACUGCUGAGCCACCAAUGAAAGCAGGAUCUGACCACAUAACCUCACUCAAAAGUGCAGGAGCCAAGGCU